ACGGCGCCUUGUGGUUCCCCCGGCAGGAGCGGGCCCGGGAUGGCGGCCGGGGGCCCGGCGGGGGGGGCGCACAGCGUCUGCAUGGUGUCGGACUUCUUCUACCCCAACAUGGGGGGCGUGGAGAGCCACGUGUACCAGCUGUCGCAGUGCCUCAUCGAGCGGGGCCACAAGGUCCUGGUGGUCACCCACGCCUACGGCUGCCGGAAGGGCGUCCGCUACCUCACCAACGGGCUGAAAGUCUACUACUUGCCCCUGAAGGUGAUGUACAACCAGUCCACGGCGACGACGCUCUUCCACAGCCUGCCGCUGCUCAGGUACAUAUUUGUGCGGGAGAGGGUCACCAUCGUCCACGCCCACAGCUCCUUCUCCGCCAUGGCCCACGACGCCCUCUUCCACGCCAAGACCAUGGGGCUGCGGACGGUGUUCACGGACCAUUCCCUCUUUGGGUUUGCGGAUGUCAGCUCGGUGCUCACCAACAAACUUCUGACGGUGUCCCUGUGCGAUACGAACCACAUCGUCUGUGUCUCCUACACGAGUAAGGAGAACACGGUGCUGCGAGCAGCCUUGGACCCUCAGAUAGUCUCUGUCAUCCCCAACGCUGUUGAUCCCACGGACUUCACUCCAGACCCGUCAAGAAGGGAUGACAGUACGAUAACAAUUGUUGUUGUCAGCAGACUUGUUUACAGAAAAGGUAUAGAUUUGCUUAGUGGUAUCAUUCCUGAGCUCUGUCUGAAAUAUCCAGAAUUACAUUUCUUAGUUGGAGGAGAAGGACCAAAACGGAUUGUACUGGAAGAAGUCCGGGAAAGAUACCAGCUGCAUGACAGGGUACGUCUCCUAGGAGCCUUGGAACACCAGGAUGUUAGGAACGUUCUAGUUCAGGGGCACAUUUUUCUCAACACUUCUCUUACUGAGGCCUUUUGUAUGGCAAUCGUGGAAGCAGCAAGCUGUGGUUUACAGGUGGUGAGUACAAGAGUCGGUGGGAUUCCUGAGGUGCUUCCAGAAAAUCUCAUUAUUUUAUGUGAACCCUCUGUGAAAUCUUUGUGUGAUGGACUAGAAAAAGCUAUUGCCCAGCUCCGUUCAGGUACACUACAAUCUCCAGAAACUGUUCAUAAUAAAGUGAAGACAUUUUAUACAUGGAGGAAUGUAGCAGAGAGAACUGAAAAGGUGUAUGACAGGGUUGCAGAUGAAGUGGUUUUACCAAUGGAUGAGCGACUUAACAGACUAAUGUCUCACUGUGGCCCAGUGACUGGGUACAUUUUUGCUCUUUUUGCUGUUCUGAACUUCCUUUUCCUGGUGUUUCUGAGGUGGAUGACUCCAGAUUCCGUUAUUGAUGUUGCAAUAGAUGCCACAGGACCUAAAGGUGCAUGGACUAAACAGUAUUUUUUGGGGAAAAAAGGGAGAGUUAAAGAAGAAUUUCCAAGCUCCUAAAACGCUCAAAUGAAGAGGAAACAAUACAUCAGACGCUAAAGGUUUUAAUGCUUGCUGAGAGACAUUGCUCUUAAAAUUCUUCAGUUUCUGUCUGAAGUUCUUAGAAAGAAACUUGUUUAAAUAUGCUACCUCAAUUUAGGAUUAUGUUUUAAUUUAAUUUUGGAUUCAUGCAAAUUUAUGGACAUCUCUUUUGCACUUAAAGCUGGGAGGAAACGAUGGCUUUUUAUAUGUGCCAAGAGCCUUUGAGACAAAAAUACAGAUUUUUCUCAACAACUUGAAUAUUGUAUUAACAGAAAGUUACUGUAAACUUUAGUGGUAUUUGGGAAAGAAAGACAGAAAAAUUAUUAGCUUACAGUAGUCCCUGUUAAUUCCUGAUAUUUACAGUGAUUUUUAUUUUGAGACUUAUUUUUAAAUAUUUAAUUGAAAACCCAGCAGAACAUACCUUUUCUCUCCUAAGAUGAAAAUGACACUUGAAAUUAGCAAUGAACUCUAUUACCAUGGAAAUUUCAGAGACUUAUUUCUAGCAGUUGUGUCCCAGUGACAGUGUUUUGCCUGCAUAGUGUUAUUUUGAGGUUCUUCCCUAAUCAGAUUGGAUUGUCCUGUUGCUAAAUCAAAACUCCAUAAUGAAUUUUUUGAUAUUUUCAGAGGUGCUAAACUUGUCCUGUUCACUUACAUGUGUGAAAGUGAUGUAAAGCUUAUGGCAUUUUUUUAAAGCACAUAGGUGAAGAAAUUAUGUCAUUUAGAGAUAAUACAGCCUUCAGAAACAGCUCAGGCCUGAAAACUCCUCCAGCAGACUAUGCCAAAGUGUGAAGUAACACAUGUGUGUGUGUGCAGUGGGUGAGAAAUAUAUGAAGGGCUUAGCAAGCACCAUUGUGCUUGUUUGCUCUCUCUCCCUUCCCCCCCCCCCUUUUUUUUUUUUUUUUUCUUUUUCUUUCCCCUUACUUCUGAUCAAAAUGGCAUUUCAGCCCAUCUCUGGGAGGGACAGUGUUUAGUGUGCUAAAUCAGAGAUACUGUCAGGCAGGUUCUGGUGUAAUCUUGGGAAGGUAUCCCUUAAAUGGAAAUAACCAAUAGGUAUACUUUUCAUGGAAAGGAAAAAAAGUCUACCUGGGGCAAUAAGCAACACAGCAUAUCAAUGUGUGAGAGGGGGCAUUUAUCUCAUUUAUGUCAAUCGCCUCUGAAACUCCCCCUGCCUAAUGCACUGCAUUAAUUUCUUUUUCAAGCAUUACUAAAGACUAAAAUUUCUAUUAUUUUGACUUGAGUAUUAUGUAGUGUUGGACACUGUAUUAAUGUUAAAACUCUGCAAUAUGAAAAUACUGUUUCCAAACUCCUGAAGGGGGAAGUAUUUAAAAUACAACUUUUGUCAAUAUCAUCUUGUUUCUGUAGACAUAGUUACUUUGACAUCUGACAUUUUAUAAUUUAAUUGAACCUAUUUUCAUAAACCAGAAAGGUAAUAUGAAAUAAACACCACAGACAAAGUCUGUGUUCUUUUACUAGAAUUUUUAGACUUUGAUAUGUACCAUACAAUAUGCAUUGUAUUACAAUUUGACCUUUUCAAACUCUGCAUGAAAAGUAGGGAUCAGUUAAAGUGGUGCCACACAAAUUAUGGAUAAAUGGGUGGAUUUAAGGUAAUAUUUUACUUUUCAAAGUUACUUUUUUUUUUUUUGUUCCCAAACAUUCAAGUUUAUAACAACUUUUUAAA